GAUUUUUCUUUAUAUUUAUUCAUGAAAUGAUUUUAUGAAUAUUUUAAAACGCCGCGGGCCAUUAGUAGUUACGUUACCUUAUAAUUAUAUUUUCGGACACGAAAAUGAUCAUAAUUUCAGUUCAUAAUAGAACAUUUCUCCUCUAAUAGGGUCCGCUCAAAGUAUAAACAAACCAAUGUGUUAUUAUGAUUUAUAACUUCGGCAUAAUUUCACGAUCGAUCUACACAAUAAAAGGAAUUAAAAGACAAGUGGAUUAUCGCUUUAUGUAUUAUCAAGCUGUUUGUAACAUACUCACUGAAAAGUUUGUUUGUAUACGUCAUAUUGAUAUAGAAUUAAUCCGCUGAUGGUAUCUAGUUACACUAGCAAGCUGGUUUACCGUUUUACUAUCAACGCAGUCAAUAGUAAACAAGAUUGAUUGUACAGUUGAAGCCAGUAUCGGUUUGCUGCUAGACAAGACUCACCUAUAGAAGAAUCAGUAUUCGCCGUACGAGAUGUUUUAAUACACAACAAUAACAAGAAACGGUUUCUUCGACUAUUUUGUUGAGACGCGUUGUUAAAAGAGCUUGUUUAAAGGCAACGUCAAAAUUAAUAUUACAAGCGUGAAUGUUAUUCUAAAAUACACCCCAACAUGGAAGAUAAUGAAGCACGGGCGGCGUGUCUGAUUCCGUUGCAGACUUAUGGCACACGAGGGCACGCGUUUUUUAUCAUCAGCAAGAUAAAUAUUUAUAACAAAAGGACAUAUAGACAGCGCCACAGUCGAGAGACGCAGUUCGUCUGACCAUCACGCCAUGGAAUCCAAGACGGAGCCACUCUCCCAAGACCCUGAGACGCCGAGGACGAAGGUGGACCUGGACACAAUCCUGGUGGAGGAGCUAGGCCAGUUCGGCAGGUACCAGCUCCGGACUCUGGCAUUGGCUGCUGGGCUCGUGAUAUUCGCCGCGUGGGCCGCCACGGAAUAUGUGUUUACAACCGCCAGGAUUAGCACACGAUGCCUGAUCCCAGAGUGCGAGACGUCCGCCUCAGCAUUGUUCUCCCCAGACUGGAUCUUCAAUGCCGUACCCGCCUCGGGCUCAGGGUUCGACAACUGCCAGCGGUUUGCGAACUCUUCGACCAGUAUUGUCUCUAGCGAAACCUGCCCUGCUGCGCUUUUCGACAACAACAAUGUCAUCCAGUGUGAAGAGUAUGUUUAUGAGAACACCCACAGUGUUGUGUAUGAUUAUGGCAUGGCUUGCGACGAGUGGCGUCGUACCCUCAUCGGUUCGAUCAGGACCACUGGCACCCUCACUGCGCUGCCCAUCACCGGGUUCGUCUCCGACCGGUGGGGCAGGAAGACAGCUCUCGUCAUCAACGCGUUUAACACCGCGUUCAUCGGUGCCACCAGAUACUUCGCCGACACGUACAUCGGCUUCGCAAUCUCUGAGUUCGCCGAAGCUAUGUUCGGUUCUGGUGGAUUCUCUACGGCUUAUAUUUUGGUCAUGGAGGUGAUGGGUCCAAAGUACCGCGUGGCAGCUGGUGCCACCAUCAACACCUUUUUCUCCGUGGGGCAAGUCACGAUGGGUCUUAUCGCGUGGGGGGUGCCUAAUUGGCGGCUUCUUACCCUCACACUGUACGUACCGCAGUUCAUCACCAUCCUCUACAUCUGGCUCAUCUCGGAAUCCAUCCGCUGGUACAUGAGUAAAGGUCGCUACGCGGAGUCUGAAGCGGUGCUAAAAAAAGCAGCCAAAAUCAACGGAAAACAGCUAUCUGAUAAGUCUUUGGCGGCAUUGAGAGAGACAGCUGAAGAGGAGAAACGAACCAGAGCGCUUGAAGCGGCGCAGAACGUCAACGAGCCGUGGCUGAUCGUGCAAGUGUUCAGGAACAAGAGGAUCCUGAUUAGGUGCCUGGUGUCGCCGGUGUGGUGGAUCACCAACACGUUCAUCUACUAUGGCAUGUCCAUCAACGCCGUGAACAUUGCUGGUAAUAGAUACGUGAACUACAUGGCGGUCUCCGCGUCAGAGAUACCUGGCUACUGGACUGCCUAUUUCCUGAUGAGCAAGAUUGGAAGAAAGCCCGUGCUCAUGGGAGCCUUCUGGAUAUGCUGCGCUUGCCAGAUUGCAUACAUCUUCAUGCCACAAGGUUUGUACGCGCUGUCGCUGACGGUGUACUUGAUCGGCAAGUUCAGCAUCGCAAUGGUGAUGACAUCAGUGUACGUGUACACUGCCGAGCUGUACCCCACCAAGUAUAGGCACAGCCUCUUCGCCUUCUCGUCCAUGGUCGGCAGGAUCGGAGGCAUCAUCGCACCUCUUACGCCUGCUUUUGGUGCUUCAACCUUCGAGAAGUUUCCGUUUGUCUUGUUCGCUUGUUUUGCCUUCGUCUCUGGACUCCUGAUCAUGCUAACUCCAGAGACGCUCGGCACCAAACUGCCCGACACCAUGAAGGAAGCCUCCGACAUUGGAAAUAAGAGUAAAAAUAAGAUCUACGAAUAGUAUUGACAUGGUAGAUACUUGAAUUAUUUGUUAUGAAAGCCUAAUGAGAUUCUUCUAUAAUUUAUUUUCAACAGGAUACUAAGUACUGAUAGAAUAUGUAUAGAUUAGUAUUAUGUAAUAAGUUCAUUCUCAGGAUAACGAGAAUAGGAUCAAGAUGUGCAAUGCUAAAUAAUUCGAAGCUCUGAAUAUCGCAAAUACUUUUAAGGAACCGGUUAGACGCUGCCAAUAGUCUAAUUGACUCAUUUUUAAAGUUGGUUUUAAAAAAUAUAUUUUUUCGAUUAGACCAAAAAGAAAAUAUUACCAUAUUUUUUUAAGCCUAACAAAUCGCAAUACUUUAUUUACUUUUUAUAGUCAUGCGGAAUAGCUGUCAGCUACGUUAGUUGAUAGAUUAUCCGGACUAUGGCUUCAUAUUGCUAGUAAACAAGCAUUUGAUAUUAAAUAUAUACUACCUUAAUAGUCCGCGAGGGCAUAUAAAGUUUGUUUUGAAAUUGUAUGACGUUACAUCAUGUGCGACAGUGUUUUGGAUUGUUUGUGUUUUGACGACAAUUUUUUUUUGGAUUUUAUGCAGCCGUCGUAUACUUUUGUUAACUGAAAUCGCUAUAUUUUUUAAUAUGAGUCACAAAGCCUUUUGUUGCAUCUUAUACACAGUACAUAAUAACCGCCGCGAGCUGUUUAGACUAAUUGCUAAAUUAAUAAGCAAUUGUUUAGAUAAAAGUAGAUGUAAUAAAGUUAAUUAGUUUAAUAAUUAAGUUGAAACAAUUGUCACCUCUUUCACCGAUUUCAAAAAGGAGAAGGUUCUCAAUUCGACGUUUAGUUUCGAGUAAUAUUCAAAGUUCGUUUGUUUCCAUUAUUUCGUAGCUUUUGUUUGGUGCACUAAUUUUAUAGUUUUGAGCGGCGUCUUUCAGUUGAAAAAAAGCAUAAAAAAACAGUGACUAGCUCUCGAGUUUUCUUGCAAAUAUUAUCUUAUUAAAUGAAAUAAUAUUUUGUCAUCAAACAUUACUCUUUAUUAUAGACCACUACUUUAUCAAAAUAAUUUGACUUCGAAAAGACGGGAUUAGUAUAAUUAGGCAAAUCGAGAUAAGUGAAUUGCUCAAUAUGGAUUAGGGCUUUGAUAGCCAUUUUGUUCACACUAAUAUUAUAAGGUCAAUUUUGACCUUUGUUAAGUACAAUUUAAAUGAUUUUUAGUAGAAUUCGUUCUUAAAGGACGUCAUGACAGCAGCAGGAGGUACAGUGCGAACCAGAAUCGCACAAGACAGAAUGAAAUGGAAGGAACUGGAGGAAGGCUCCGUCAUAGGGGCGAUCAAAUGUACCAUGAGCAACAUUUUUAUAGUAAAUGUAAUUUAUAUAGUAAUAAGAAGUAGCGAUAUAGUUAAAGAGAUUUUUUACCUAGUUAUAGUAUUUUAGGAAGUUUAAACUGUUCGUUUAAUUUUUAUUGUUCCUUAAGUUCUUUUAUAUCUGAUAUAAAGCCUAUUUUAUUAUUAUAAUUCUGAAAGGAAUAAUACCAACUAAAAUCUUGCCUACUUUCUCAUGAACUUUCGUCAUAACAGGCUAUUUCCGAUAUGCGCCGACAAAUAAAGAAGCAGUAAUACAUAAAAACAAAACAGUUGUAACGCGUGUUUAUGUUUAAGUAGCGCGCGGAUAAACGUUGCCCGUAUUUCAGUCACAGAUGGCACUUCAAGUCUUUUUAUUUGUAUAGACACAUUAUUAUAUGUAUGUUUAAAAAGUUUCUAUUGUAUUGGAUUUAUGUGUUAAGUUGCUUGGAAGUAUAAGAACUUGUUCACAUGCAACGGUUAAUGCUCACAGAGAUGGCAAGGGAACGUGCACGAGCUAUAUAGGUGAUAAAAAAAGAAACUUUUCAGACCAGUUUGUUUAAAUAUUUUUGUAAUAUGACAAAAAUAUUGUAUUUAUUUUGCAAAACAAGAGACAUUUCUAAAUGCUUUUGAAACUCACGUAUGACGUUUUUUAACGUUCAUUAUUUUCUGUCGUUUUUCACAUAUAGACAAUAGCGCUGUUGUGAAAUAUACAUUUUAAUUAUUUGCCUGUUAGUCUUUGCUCUACUACAUACAAAUCUAAAAAAAUAUCGCGCGAACAAAUUCCUGAAUGAGUUGCAUGUGAAAAUUUGUUACAAUAAUAAUAUACUCGUCGAAUAGUUGUUGUAUGACUCUUGUUUAUGUAAGUUAAUUUUUGUUACUUAUGAAUAAAUUAAAUUAUUUCUUUUCGAUUGUUUAUUAUUGGAUUAGUGUAUGCAAACAAGAGAUACGCCAUUUUGCUCUCUGUGGUAUAAAAUAAUGAUAACAUAUUAUAUGAAGUUAUAAUUAUUAUUAAUAUUUUCUCUAUCUCCUGUAUAAACAGGAGUCGUAGACGAUUAGGUAGUAGCGUCAAAAUUUACGAAAUCUAAACAAUAUUUAUUAAUUUAUGUGUUGAAAUAAAUAAAUUCAUUUCGAAGAAUGUUUAAAUACUUCAAACUAUUAUAUUAAAGUGUUGAUUUAGAACUAGUGUAUUAAGGUUACAAACCGUUAGUUUUGUGUCCAAUUGCAAAGUUGAACAACGAAAAUAUUUGUUUUUAAUUUGCAAUUAUAUGCUUAUUAUCCGAA